AUGUCGUACUGCUGCGUGCCAGGAUGCAGGUCCAACGCCAAGAAAAAAGUCAAGGGCAUUUCAUUUCACGAAAUACCGAGUGAAGAAAAGCUGCGAGCACGUUGGCUGGAAGUCAUACCCCGCCGGAACUGGUACCCAAACACCACCUGGGGAUACACGACUGUUUGCAGCCUCCACUUCCUACCUUUCGACUUCAAGGAAGGAUGUAAGACACGUCGCCUCAAGAGGGGAGCUGUCCCAAGCGCGUUUCAGGACACCUCCUGCGUUCAACCAGACCCCAAAAAGGCAAGGUACGCAGAAGAGGUGGAUGACAGCCCAAAGGUAUCACGCACGGUGGAGGCGGCUGCUACUGGUUCUGUUCUCACGCCCUUGGCGGGAGCGCUCCACCAUUCGCUGUCUCCGCCUUGUCUCUUUAACCCUGGUCAGCCUGCGCUCGGUGAUAGCAGUCCUAACCGAGAAUCAGGAAAUGAGCCUGAGGGACUUGGCGGCCGCUCUGAAGGAAUUAAUGGCCUAUCGACCACAGUUAAAGACCAAGCCACCCAAGCCGCUGUCCGUUUGCGAACAUCGGCAUCCCCACUUGAACAGCUUGAACGGCGAAGGUGGGCACGGAAGGAAAGAGACCUGAGAGCUCUGGUCCAGAAGCUCCAGCGAGCACUUGAUGCGUGUAAGACCGAGCUGAAAAGUUUAAAAGAAGACAAACAGUUCCUGGCCCGUGAUCUCGGUAAGGACGGCGAAGUUUCAUCAUCGCACAUCAAAAAGAUAUACAAGAUGCAACAGAACAGCGUCAGCUGUCCGGUUUCUCACGCGAAAGCACGUGUAUCCGACAAAUAUUGA